AGCGAAUGUUAUCGAAUAGACGCCAUUUCAAGACAUCAAAACCCCCUCAACGCCCUGUGUGUUUAACCUAUCUCACAUUGUUGUAUUUCAGUAAGUGAGAGGAGGUGAACACCAUGAGUCAUAAGAGGAGUGAAGAUGACUCUGCUUCUGAAAUGAGUUCUGCAUCUGGAUUAAGCUCUGUGUCUAUGAAGAGGGAUCAGCCUGUGGUGUAUUGUCCUAACAGCGAUGAUACACUGAUCUCUGACCUCGGAAGAAGAAAGACACCGCGAUUAGAGUCUCCAGAGCCCAGUGGUGUUUCUGUGAAGAGCAGCAGAUCUAUGGAUGUACCUCAAAAUUUCAGUGAUGGACCAAUGACCACUGACCCUCAUGAGAAGAAACAUGAGUUUAUCAACUCUGCCCUGUCCACUAAAUCCCACUAUCAGACUAACUUUAGGCAGGAGAACACAGAAACAAUCCUGCAAACACAAAUAUUGAAGAAUGCAAACCUGCAGAGAGCUAAAGACCAGCACAAAACCAGCAUGAAGAACAAAUAUGAGAGAUUAUUUGAGGGAAUCGCACUUCAAGAGAACCAAACCCUUCUGAACCAGAUCUACACCCAGCUGUACAUCAUAGAGGGAGAGAGUGAAGGAGUGAAUGAAGAACAUGAGGUUUUACAGAUGGAGAAAACAGCCAGAACAAAACACUCACAACACACUCCAAUCUACUGCAAUGACAUCUUUAAAGAGGAGAAAGAGCAAAUCAAGACUGUUCUUACUAAAGGCAUCGCUGGAAUCGGAAAAACCGUCUCUGUGCAGAAGUUCAUUCUGGACUGGGCCGAGGGAAAAGCCAAUCAGGAUGUAGAUUUCAUGUUUGUGCUUCCAUUUCGAGAGCUGAACUUGAUCAGAGAUCAUCAGUACAGUCUUCACAGACUUCUGCUGGACUUUCAUCCUGAACUUGAAGAUCUGGAGCCCAAGAUUUAUGAGGAGUGUAAAGUUGUGUUCAUCUUUGAUGGUCUGGAUGAAAGCAGAAUCACACUGAUGUUUUCAGACGCUCAGAAAGUUUGUGAUGUGACUGAGACUUCAUCAGUGGCUGUGUUGAUGUCAAAGCUGAUGAAAGGAGAGCUGCUUCCCUCUGCUCUCAUCUGGAUCACCUCCAGACCAGCAGCAGCCAAUCAGAUCCCCUCCAAAUACAUCAAGCGUCUGACAGAAAUUCAGGGAUUCACUGAGCCUCAGAAGGAGGAAUAUUUCAGGAAGAGAAUCAGUGAGCAGCAUCAAGCCAGCAGAAUCAUCUCACACAUCAGAAGAGCAAGAAGCCUCCACAUCAUGUGCCACAUACCCGUCUUCUGCUGGAUCUCAUCCACUGUGCUUCAGAAGCUCCUGGAAGAAGAUCUGAGUGCAGAAAUCCCUCAAACUCUGACUGAAAUGUACAUCCACUUCCUGCUGAUUCAGAUCAACAUGAGGAAUCAGAAGUAUGAAGAGAGAGAUCCAGAGAAACUCCUGCAGUCCAACAGAGAAGUGAUUGUCAAACUUGCUGAAGUGGCUUUCAGACAGCUGAUGAAGGGCAAUGUGAUGUUCUAUGAGGAGGACCUGAUUGAGAGCGGCGUAGACAUCUCUGACGCCUCAGUGUAUUCUGGGAUUUGCACUGAGAUCUUUAAGGAGGAAUCUGUGAUUCAUCAGAGGAAAGUCUACAGCUUCACCCAUCUGAGCAUUCAGGAGUUUCUGGCUGCUUUCCAUGUGUUUUACUUUCAUGUAAGCAGCACUACAGAAGCAUCUUUUGAUUCAUUAGAAAAUCUCCAUAAAAGAAUCAUUGAUAAAGCCAUUGAGAGUGAGAAUGGUCAUCUGGAUCUGUUCCUGCGGUUCCUGCUGGGCGUCUCACUGGAGUCCAAUCAGAGACUCUUACAGGAUCUACUGACACACACAGAGAAGAGCUCAGAGAGCAUCAGGAGAAGCACACAGUACAUUAAAGAGAAGAUCAGAGAUGGACAUGGACUCUCCACUGAAAGAUCCAUCAAUCUGUUCCUCUGUCUGCUGGAAGUGAAAGAUCAGACUCUGUCCAGAGAGAUUCAGGAGUUUGUGAAAUCAGACAAACAGUCAGAGAAGAAACUCUCUCCUGCUCACUGCUCAACAAUCGCCUACAUGCUUCAGAUGUCAGAGGAGGUGCUGGAUGAGCUGGAGCUCCAGAAAUACAACACAUCAGAUGAGGGCAGAAGAAGACUGAUACCAGCCGUCAGCAACUGCACAAGAGCUCUUGAGUGUUUAAUGAUGUGUUACAGUGAAGAAACUUUUCUGAAUGGAAUUUCUGUUGUAUUAAUAGAUCCUGAGUUUGUUUUAAGUAAAACUGAAUUGUCAGAUGUUUUCCUCUCUUUCAGUCUUGCUGGCUGUAAUCUCUCUGCUCAGGAUUGUGAAAUUGUGUCGUCAGUUCUUCAAUCCUCAAACUGUGUCCUGAGAGAGCUGGACCUGAGUAGCAAUGACCUGCAGGAUUCAGGAGUGAAGCUGCUCUCUGAUGGACUGAAGAGUCCAAACUGUCAGCUGGAGAUACUGAGGUUGUCUGGCUGUAUGGUGACAGAGGAAGGCUGUGGUUUUGUGUCUUCAGCUCUGAGUUCAAACCCCUCACACCUGAGAGAGCUGGAUCUGAGCUACAAUCACCCAGGACAAUCCGGAGUCCAGCUGCUCCAACACAAACUGGAGGAUCCACACUAUACACUGCAGAAACUCAAUUUGGAGAGUGGAGGAGAUUUCAGAAUCACACCAGGAUUGAGAAAAUAUGCUUGUCGUCUCUCACUGGAUCCAAAUACUACACAUAGUUGCCUGAUCCUGUCUGAAGGGAACAGAAGAACAACAUAUGUGAAAGAUCCUCAGCCGUAUCCUGAUCAUCCAGAGAGAUUUGAACACCAUGAGCAGGUUCUGUGUAGAGAGACUCUGACUGGACGCUGUUACUGGGAGGCUGAAUGGAGCGGCUGGGGUCAUGUUGCAUUGUCUUAUAAAGGAAUCAGCAGGAAAGGAGGAAGCGACUGUCGGUUUGGACUCAAUGAUAAAUCCUGGAGUCUCUAUUGUUGUGAUAAUAUGUACUAUGUUUGGCACAAUGAUAAGAGCAUAAACAUCCCCACUCCUUCAUCUCCCUCUAACAGAGUAGGAGUGUAUGUGGACGUGCCGUCCGGCUCUCUGUCCUUCUACAGCAUUUCUGACACACACUCUCUCACACACUUACACACGUUCAACACCACAUUUACUGAAGACCUCUAUGCUGGGUUCAGGGUUUAUCAUGAUUCUUCUGUGACUCUGUGUAAGAUUUAAAAAACACUUUAAAGACAUGAAGCAUGAAGAGGAAGAAACACAUAAAUGUUAGCAUAGGGCAGGCAUGGGCAAACUCGAUCCUCGAGGGCUGGUGUCCCUGCAGAGUUUUGCUCCAACACUAAUCAAACACACCUGAACACCCUAAUUAGUGUCUUCAAGAUCACUAGAAAGCUACAAGCAGGUGUGUUUGAUUAGGGUUGGUGCAAAACUAUGCAGGACACCGGCCCUCCGGGAUCGAGUUUGCCCAUCCCUGGCAUAGGGCAAUAGUUCAUGGUCCUUAAGUCCUUCUUAGUCCAUUCGACUGUAAUUGCACUGCAUGUUCAACUUAAAGGGUAACAUGUUCAAGACAAAAUUACAGUGAAAUAACCAUAUAAACUUCUGUAAUAAUUGAAAACAGUUCUAUAGCGCAAAUACAUGUUUUAAUGUGCAGUAUGUAGGAUUGCCCUAGUGGUUGAAGUAGGUAUUGCAGUCCAAAGUCAAUGUAUUGGAGAAGGGUUUUUUUUCACCCGGCCACUCCCAUUACGACACAAUGCAUACACAGGUUGCCAGAUUGACAACACAAACAUGAUCGAUCUUGUAAUAUUUGUUACAUUUGUUAUAUUUGAUUUGUUUGCUGAAUUCACCUCAUGUGGAUUUGUAUAACUGAAUCUCAUUUGGGAGGCUGCUACUGCCAUCUUGAGGUCUGCAUUUUUGGCUGUGCCUGCAAACAUUGAUACAGCCUUCAUGACUGAAAUGUAAUGCGGUGCAUUUUCCACCAAGGCAACCCAGGGUGCUUAAAUAUAGUUUGGUAAACUCGCAGUGGGCUGGUUAUAGAGAUCAAAUAAUACCAGACAACCAACAUAUAUUUACAGAACAUUUUUCUUUUGCAUCUAGAAAACCACUUAGUUUUUUAGUUUCCUAGUUACAAAAACACUUCGUUUUCUCUUUCUUUUAUGUUCUUUUAUGAUGACAGUGAAUAAUAUUAGACUAGAUAUUCUUCAAGACACUUCUAUACAGCUUAAAGUGACAUUUAAAGGCUUAACUAGGUUAAUUAGGUUAACUAGGCAGGUUAGGGUAAUUAGGCAAGUUAUUGUAUAAUGAUGGUUUGUUCUGUAGACUAUCUGGAAAAUAUAUAGCUUAAAGGGGCUAAUAAUAUUGACCUUAAAAUGGUGUUUAAAAAAUGUAAAACUGCUUUUAGUCUAGCCGAAAUAAAACAAAGAAGACUUUCACCAGAAGAAAAAAUAUUAUCAGACAUACUGUAAACAUUUCUGUUAAACAUCAUUUGGGAAAUAUUUAAAAAAGAAAACAAAUUCAAAGAGGGGCGAAUAAUUCUGACUUCAGCUGUAUAACACUAUUAUAUGUUAGCAUAUGCUAACGGUGUUAGCAUGUUACACUAUUCUAGUGUUUUUUUUUUUAAAUGAAAAAAUCUUAUGUAUUGUUCCUUUUAAGUUGUGUUGUUUUUUUAUGCUGUUUUCAUAUGCUUGCUAGUGUAUGUCUAAACUUUGACAAACCUUGGAAUUUUAUUAAGGUCUGUUUUCAGGACUGAUGUAGAAGAACACAUCUUUUGUUAGUUUUAUUGGAGAUUUCAGAAGGUUCAGACUGUAGAUGUUACUGAUUUAGAUGAUCCCCAGUCUCACCCAUCAUGAAUGGUUACUCUACUGUAGGUUAACUUGCUUUUCUAUCUGUUCACUGUUAGGUCAGUUAAAAUCACUUCUUAAUAAUUCAUUUAAUCACAGGAUAAAAGAAAUCCUCAUUUCAAGAUCUUAAGUUGUGUAUUACCAUGUUUUAAUGUGUGGCUCGUUUUAUUUAACACUUUUCUUUUUAUAUAUUAUCAUAGUUCUAGCUACAGCUCCUGAGAGUCAUGCAUAUCCUACAUAUCCUUCAUACUUGACAUUUUAUGUAACUAUAUUUUUACAUAUUAGUUUAUGUUUUGCUUGGCUAUUGUGAAAACAUUUUAAACAAUUGUUGAUCUGGUAUAAUGGUUUAUUAUAUGACUGAAUCUAUUCGGUUGCAGCAGAGGCAGUAACCUUUAAUCAUCAAAUCAGCUGAAAUGCUUCUGUAAAGCAACAGCUGUGUGGUUUAAUACUGGAUUCAAUAAAUUAUUGCAAAUGGAAAA